AUGGCAGCAAGCUCUACGCAGGGUUGCCCUUGUGGUGCGCGCGAAGUGUGCGUCGCCAGCGUAGUAACUUACAGGACCGCGUACAGAAAAGUUGGGGGCCAGAUUCAACGUCAAUGUUUCCACAAUUUUCCAGUGCUUCCGGUUGAGUUGCAUCAGAAGGUGAGCAUUUUUGUGGAUAUCGAUAGCUCAGAAGAAAGUCAAACAACUUCAUUCACUGCAGAACCCACUCCCUUUCGUAGUGGAGCAGCUAGUGUACCUCCUGUUCACCUACGAGAUCUGGAAAAUAUACCU